AAGAGCAGAAGCAUCCCUGGCGACGAGCAUCCGGACACGCUGUAAAUUAUCAGACGGCAACCCUGCAUCCGGAAAGGGACGCACCUCAUUCGGGUAACCCGGGGCCUCGCUUAUGGUUUCGCCUCUACGCCCGAAUAGGCAAUCGACCUCAACGUUUACCAUAAAAACGCCCUCCCUCUCACCGUCAUCGUUUUUCCUUCUCAGCCUUUUCUCUCUAUUCCUAUCCCUCCGUCCAUGCCCCUCUCACCUGCUCCAACUGCUCUCAUUGGGCCUCAACGAAUCCUCCAUCAGGCAUUUUUGCAAACCCCGCCGCCGCCUCAUCGCCGCACUGCCUCCUUUCGCCCUAUCAUUUCACUCCUAUUCAGGCACUGAUGUCCAGCUUUUCGUGCCAUGACGAUUGCGGAUGCGGAAAUGACGGCUACAGUUAAGGGGCGAAGCGCUCUACCCGCUGCAUAGCCAUACCCGUAUGCGGUCUUACGAAACCUUUUCCCUGCUCCGGGCUUGCCGAUAGUGUUUCCUGCACCCU